AAUUAGUUUUAGAUUAUUCACUCCAAAUUAAAUUAAAUAUAAUUUAGAAUAAGAUGGCAGCACUGUGAUAUCUAUCAAAACAAUUUUUAUUGUUUAGGCUACAUAUGACACUUCACAGUUGGAACUUAAUGAUAAAUUUUGACUGAAGUAAUGUCUAAAAGAGAAGUAAUUAAUCAAGAUACUGUAACAUGUUCAGUAUGCCUUGAAAUUUAUCGUGAGCCAGUUACUAUUUGUUGUGGACAUGUAUUUUGUAAAGUUUGUAUAACUUCUGUUGCUGACAUACAGAAAAAGGAGAAAAAUUCUUCUACAUGUCCAUUAUGUCGUGUGACUUUUGAUCUUUCAAAAAUAAAAAAAGCUACUGAUAUUCAAAAACAAAUAUCUUCACAUAAUGGAUCAUGUCCUGGCUGCCAAGAAACUAUGUGUUUAUCAAGAUUAAGAAAUCAUAUGAAUAAAUGCAAAAAAGUCAGUCCUAAUGAGAAAACACCAUCUCUUCCUGAAAAUAUCACAAUGCAAUCUUGCAGUGCUGUACCCAAUAGAAAGACAUUUCCUUGUCCAUAUUGUGAAAUGAAAAAUUUUGACUUGCAAUCAUUAAGAGAACAUUGCAAUAGAAACCAUGAAAUGGAAACAGAAUCAGUGGUUUGUCCAGUAUGUGCAUCAAUGCCAUGGGGUAAUCCUGACCAAAGAAGUAUUCAUUUCAUAAGUCAUCUUAAUUAUCGACAUAAAUUUGAAUAUGAUACAUUUAUGGUGAGUGAUAUAUACAAAUAAUUUUACAAAAAAACUUUUAAACUGAAAAUA